GUAACGUUUAUCGAUUAACCUCAAAAUCUUUUUGGUUCACCAUCAAUAACUUUACUCAUUUUUAAUUUCAUGUCUAAAAAAAUGUAUAAACAUUCUAAACGUGCCAAAUACACAUCAAAUAAUUAUUCUUCAAAAUCAGGGAGUAAUUUAGAACCGGGAAUGAAAGGAUUUCUUUGUACGUUUAAUAACCGUGAAAAAGAAUGUAUUAGAGAAGCUUACAACGUUUUAAAUAAAUAUGCAGAUGAAUUAUAUGGUCCUGAAACGUUAGAGUGUGAUUUAAACCCGGAACAAUCUGAAAGUAACAUAGAAGAUGAUUUAGAAAAGGAAUUAAAAGAACUAAAAGCUAAGAAUGUGAAGAAAAAACGAUUUCAAGUUGUUAAAUCAGGCGCAAAAAACGUUUUAUUUGUCCGUACCACAAUUGAAGAUCCCGUAACGUUAGCUACUUUAAUCAUGAACGAAUUAAAAAAUAGUAAAUCACCUCAAACUAGGUUUUUGUAUAGGUUAAUUCCGAUUCAAGUUACUUGUAAAGCUUACAUUGAUGAUAUUAAGAAUGUUCUUAAGGAAUCAAUAUUGGGAAAUCAUUUUAAAGAUAAUGAUAAAUCAUUUUCCAUAGUUUAUAAUCAUAGAAAUAAUAACCAUUUAGAGAGAGAUACGGUUAUUAAAAGUGUAGCCGAUUUGAUAGAAGAAAUUCCUGGGAAACAUCCUGUUAAUUUAAAUAAUCCUGAUGUUAGUAUUGUUAUUGAAAUAAUUAAAAAUGUUGCGUUGUUAGCUAUUGUGCAUAAUUAUGUGGAUAUGAAAAAAUUUAAUUUACUUGCAUAUUCAUCUAAUGAAGCAAAUUUAAAUGAUGAAAGUUGUAAAAAAGAAAAUGAUUAAUAAAUUAUUCGAUGUUUUAUAUUGGAAUUGACCCAA